AGCUGGCGCGGGAGCAGUCCCAGCUGCAGCCGUCCAUCCCCAACCUGGUGGUCGGCAACCAGAUAACCACCGCCCUGUUCCCCGGUGUCCAGCUGUGCAUCGGUCUCUGCCACCGAACACUACAGGACCGCCAGCCUGCCUUGCCACCCUCGCGCCUGGACCACAAGCACGUGUUGGAGCACUCCCUGCAUCAGCUGUUGCGCGAAUACCACUAUGCAUUCCUGCACCAGGGGGCACCCCGACCAGCAUCGGGCCCCGUAGGGGUGCCUCGCAAGCGUCACCUGGCGGGGCCACACGCACACGACCGACAAGCCUCCGUGACUCCCUUCACAGUGAAGCCAUUCUGGAGAAGAUUAUUGCCCAGACACAGCAUGUGGCCCUGCGGUUACGGACCAUGUACGUGAUUGACCAGUUUGCGUCCGAGGUGAAGGACCCCUUGGUCGUGGCUCAUUGGGCCUGCCUUUCCAGCCCACACAACUCCGUCAAAAUCAACGUCCUUUCGCAGGGAUAUGAGACCAUGUGUCGGACUCCACUGGUGAUCCAUGUGGAAGAGCAGCGACUGCGAGCUGUGUGCCGUGACGGCCGUGUCAUCCAGCUCUCGUAUGAACCUCAGGAGCUGCGCUUCCUCCUCAUGGCACAGGUGGCUCAGCACCAGGUGAGCUCCGUGCAGACCCUCGCCAAGUUUGUGGGUUGGAAAGUGCUCUCCACAUGCAAUAACGUGGGUGUGGGCCCCUUGGAGGCAUUGGGAAAUGCCAGCUCUAUCCUCAUGGCAUCACCUACCGGAGACAAGAUGAUAUCCGUGCGGUGCGGUCCCCAGUCCGGUGCCGAGGUGUGCGUGUCAUGCUCACCCCAGCAGCAAGACUUCUAUCCGUCGACGUUGGUGCGCGACCGCAAGUGGCACAACCUGAGUGGUGCCUUCCGCGAAGUCUGCCUGGCACGCAUGCAGGGACGCUCGUUCCUUUCCAAGAUGGAGCACCUCAUGGCUGCACUCACAACCUGACGACAAUAAACGCCCCUUUCACACG